UCCCCACCGCUCCCUGCAGCCUUACUCUUCGUGCACCUCAUUCACAUCACUGCCCGGCCCCCGGAGGUACCUGAGGGUUUUUCCUCUGGUCCGGUCCAGUCUCUCCUUGAACAGGUGAGGGAACUGACCAAGAAGGGGAGACACUGGCCCAGGGUCAGGGUGAGGUAUAGUCAGUCCAGGGACACAUGUCAGCCAUGAGCUCGGAACUCUUACCGGCUCCUCGUCAACACAGGGGUGACUUCCGAGAACGGGUAACCGUGUUGAGCCACGCCGUGCACUCCACACCCGCUGAGGCAGGCGCUACCAUCGUCUUCCCACUUUUCACCGAGGAUGCAGAGCCUCAGAGGGGGCAAGUAACUAUCCCAAGGCCACACAGCUGGUUGGCGGUGAUGUUGCUGUUCCAGGUCCGAUGGAUCCGAGGCCAGAGUCCGAGCUCUCGAGGACGGCUCCCUACCCCGCCUGUCCAAGAUGCUCCUGGAGGCCAGAGAAUCCUGCCAGCAGCCGUCACGGUAGCCCGGACUGAGUGGGCAUCCUUGAAAGAGGGAAGGGAGGAAGGAAGGAAGGACAGAUGGAUAGAAGAGACUCUGCAAGGCCCUCUCUCAUCCAGCAGCCCACUUCAUCCUCUAAGGACCCUACCACGUCUGUGUGCAAGGCCAGUGCACUUGUCCGUACGGCGUGGGGACCUUUGUCGGGGAUCUGCCUCUGCCUGCAUGUACCACCCACCCAGCCACGCUCCGCUCCCCCCGCCCUCCGUCCAAUCUCAGGAAGUUCCACCUGACCACCCACCCAGUUGCCCAGGGACCAUUAAUUUUUCUAUGGACGAUCAAACCCAGAUAGAGUGGAAGGGCUACCGCACAGCUGAUCCCAAAACAGUAACCAAGGCGCCAGGGACAACAUCUGGGGGUCGACCAGGACAGGCAGUGGACACAACCGUGUUGGCCUUACGUGUACUGGGAAAGUUUUCUCCGAUGUAUGUCCCCGAGGGGCAAAGGGGUAGAAAUCCUCCGCACGGCAAACUGGCACAAUGCAAGAAAAACCGGUCACAUGUAGAACCCUAUCCUAAGGAAGGCUGCAGGCGUCAACGCACAUCACCACAGCGAACAGUAUGAUGUGGGUCACACUCCGCUAAACAGCCCGAACCAACAUGGGUCGUGCAAUGAGAAA